AUGGCGUGGCAGGGGCUGGCGACCGAGUUCCUGCAGGUGCCGGCGGUGACGCGGACCUACACCGCGGCCUGUAUCCUCACCACUGCCGCCGUGCAGCUGGAACUCCUCAGUCCCUUCCAGCUCUACUUCAACCCGCACCUCGUGUUCCGGAAGUUCCAGGUCUGGAGGCUCAUCACCAACUUCCUCUUCUUCGGGCCCCUGGGAUUCAGCUUCUUCUUCAACAUGCUCUUCGUGUUCCGCUACUGCCGCAUGCUGGAGGAGGGUUCCUUCCGCGGCCGCACGGCCGACUUCGUCUUCAUGUUUCUCUUCGGGGGCCUCCUGAUGACUCUGCUGGGGUUCCUGGGUAGCCUCUUCUUCCUGGGCCAGGCCCUCACGGCCAUGCUGGUGUACGUGUGGAGCCGCCGCAGCCCUGGGGUGAGGGUCAGCUUCUUCGGCCUCCUCACCUUCCGGGCGCCCUUCCUGCCCUGGGCGCUCAUGGGCUUCUCAGUGCUGCUGGGCAGCUCCAUCCUGGUGGACUUACUGGGGAUCGCAGUGGGCCACGUCUACUACUUCCUGGAGGACGUCUUCCCCAACCAGCCUGGAGGCAAGAGGCUGCUGCUGACCCCCAGCUUCCUGAAGCUGCUACUGGAUGCCCCAGAGGAGGACCCCAAUUACCGGCCCCUCCCCGAGGAGCAGCCAGGACCCCUGCAGCAGUGA